UUUCCAUUUUCCCUUUUUCAUCUUAAUCUUGUAUGCUAUACUUUCCUCAUCCACCACCGAACCCUAACCCUAACCUUCAUCCAUUUCUUCUGUUCUCUCUGCUUUUGCUUUGCAACAAUUCCAUCUAUGAAUAGCCAGUCGCAGCUUUCAUGAGCAUAUAAUGAUCUUAGCGUUGCGAAUCGAUUGCAUGGGUUUGGAGAAUGCCGGAGCUUCGUAGUGGACCGCGACGACGUCGUGCUCCGGUUGGUCGUAGAAGCUCGGAACAACCGUCUUCGGGGGGGAGAUACGUGAAGACUCGCGCUGCAGUUGCCAGGGAGGCGGCGGCGGCGGCGGCGGAGAGGCCAAGGACUCGUUUGGCGGCUAAACAAUUAGAAGAGGAGAAGCCGGUCAUUGUCAUAUCCGAUCAUACGAAGAAGAAAGUUGAAGGCGGCGCGAUGGGGGAUGAGAGUGGUGGCCUGAGUGCAAACAAGGGUGUUGCGCAAGAAGAUGAUGCUAACCCAGCUCCUUUCCCGGAUAGGGUUCAAGUAGGAGGAUCGCCUGUCUACAAAGUGGAGAGAAAACUCGGCAAAGGAGGAUUUGGACAGGUUUUUGUUGGCAGGCGAGUUACCGGUGGUAACGACCGUACCGCUGGUCCCGGUGCCACUGAGGUGGCUUUGAAAUUUGAGCAUAGGAACAGCAAAGGAUGUAACUAUGGCCCUCCUUAUGAGUGGCAAGUCUACAACACCCUUGGUGGCAGUCAUGGAAUACCUAGAGUACACUAUAAGGGGAGGCAAGGAGAAUAUUACGUAAUGGUUAUGGACAUGCUUGGUCCAAGCUUGUGGGAUGUUUGGAAUUCUUCAAGCCAGGCAAUGUCUGCAGAAAUGGUUUCCUGCAUUGCAGUGGAGUCCCUGUCAAUCUUGGAGAAGAUGCACUCUAGAGGCUAUGUGCAUGGCGAUGUAAAGCCGGAGAACUUUUUACUAGGCCAGCCAUCUACACCACAAGAAAAGAAACUGUAUCUUGUGGACCUUGGAUUAGCUACGAAGUGGAGAGACACGUCCAGUGGGCUGCAUGUUGAAUAUGAUCAACGUCCUGAUAUGUUUAGAGGGACUGUUCGAUAUGCCAGUGUUCAUGCUCAUCUUGGAAGAACUGCUAGUAGAAGGGAUGAUCUUGAAUCUCUUGCCUAUACACUCAUUUUCCUUCAUAAAGGCAGGUUACCUUGGCAAGGUUAUCAGGGUGAUAACAAAUCCUUCCUUGUCUGCAAAAAGAAGAUGGGAACAUCGCCUGAGAUGCUAUGCUGUUUCUGCCCUGCUCCUUUUAGGCAGUUCCUUGAGAUUGUAGUAAACAUGAAAUUUGAUGAAGAACCUAACUAUUCUAAGUUAAUUUCUUUGUUUGAUGGUAUGCUUGGACCAAAUCCCGCAUUGAGGCCAAUUAAUACUGAAGGUGCUCAAAAGGUUGGGCAGAAGAGGGGUAGAUUGAAUACUGAAGAAGAAGAUGAUUCACAGCCCAAAAAGAAGGUCCGUUUGGGGGUUCCUGCUACACAAUGGAUUUCAGUCUACAAUGCAAGACAGCCAAUGAAGCAAAGGUAUCAUUAUAAUGUAGCGGAUGCAAGAUUAGCGCAACAUGUGGAGAGAGGGAUUGCAGAUGGGCUCCUCAUUAGUUGUGUGGCUUCUUGUUCCAAUCUCUGGGCACUUAUUAUGGAUGCUGGGACUGGUUUUUCCAGUCAAGUUUAUAAGUUGUCACCAUUUUUCUUACAUAAGGAAUGGAUCAUGGAGCAGUGGGAAAAAAACUAUUACAUUACUUCGAUUGCAGGAGCUAAUAAUGGGAGCUCUCUUGUUGUGAUGUCAAAAGGUACGCACUAUACACAACAAUCAUACAAAGUAAGUGAUUCAUUCCCAUUCAAAUGGAUAAACAAGAAGUGGAGAGAAGGUUUUCAUGUGACCUCAAUGGCCACUGCUGGAAGUCGCUGGGGUGUUGUUAUGUCUAGAAAUUCUGGAUACACUGAUCAGGUUAUUGAACUUGAUUUUCUCUAUCCUAGUGAGGGAAUCCACAGAAGAUGGGAUAAUGGUUAUAGGAUUACAGCAACUGCUGCUACAUGGGAUCAAUCCGCUCUGAUACUGAGCAUUCCCAGGCGCAGGCCAGGUGAUGAAACCCAGGAAACUUUGCGCACAUCUCAAUUUCCAAGCACACAUGUUAAGGAAAAAUGGUCAAAAAACCUUUACCUUGCUUGUUUGUGCUAUGGGCGAACAGUAUGCUGAUUUGCUUUGUAGGCGAAUGCGUACAAAUCUUUUUGCGCCUCCUCCUAUUGGUUCCGGGAGCGACUUUUUGUGAUGUAUUUUUUACACUCCAAAAAAGUCCAUUCAUUCUGAAAUAAAUAGGAAGUGGCAAAAGAGAUUUAGGAAGUUGGAUCUAGUAUUUGUUGUCUGUAAAAUUAUACAUUUUGUAAUGGCCCAAUCAUGUAAUAACCUGGCUGAGAAUUCUGGUAUCUAUUACAAGUUCCAUGGGGUGGGGAAUGUGGCAGUUAAUGUAUACAGCUUAGCUUUAUAUGUUACUCCAAUAUAUGUAUAUGGUUUUAUUAAAUUUUUUGUCAAGAUUGUUUAACUGACCAGUCUUAAUAAAACUUUGUAUGGCUAUUCCCUGUGCAUGA